UCUACAUUUAGUACAAAUGAUAAUAAAAACAUUGAGAGAAUUAAUGAAUAUAUAAUAAGCCGAAAUUUAAUUGAAGAUGGUGAACUUUUAAAUAAAUCUUAUGUACAGGUAAAAGAAAAUAUAGUUGAUAAGAUUGAAAAUAUUUAUGAAAGUAAAAGGAAUGAUUUUAUUUCUAAGGUUACAGAAUUUUUUAAAAAGAUAAGUAAUUAUAUUGAAAAAGAAAUACGUCAAGUAUUAACAUAUUUUAAGGAAGGGAAAAAAGAUACAGUACAAAGUGGUGUAACCUUUUUUAAUAGAAUUAUAGGUUUUUUUAAGGGUUUAAAAAUAUUUUCAAUGCCUAUAUUAACAACAGUAUCAGCAAUUUUACUUUUUAAAUUUAAAUAUCAGUUGGCAUCCAUAUUAUUUGGAUUUUUACCAUUAUUAUCAUGUAUGUUUAUUAUGUACAAAAUAAUAAAAGUGAAUAGUGAAAUGUCCAAGUAG